AACUCCCCCCUUCGCACGUGCUUGCAGCGGGCCAGGAGGAGGUGGUGAAGCUGCUGGUUGCCAGUGGGGCAGCCGUCAACGUGCAGUCCCAAAAUGGAUUCACUCCGCUGUACAUGGCAGCACAAGAAAACCAUGACAACGUCGUACGUUUCCUGCUGGCCAACGGUGCCAACCAGAGCCUCGCCACAGAGGACGGGUUCACGCCGCUGGCAGUGGCCAUGCAGCAGGGCCACGACAAGGUGGUGGCGGUGCUGCUGGAGAGCGACACGCGGGGCAAGGUGCGCCUGCCGGCGCUGCACAUCGCCGCCAAGAAGGACGACUGCAAGGCGGCUGCGCUGCUGCUGCAGAACGACCACAACCCCGACGUCACCUCCAAGAGCGGCUUCACGCCCCUGCACAUCGCCGCGCACUACGGCAACGAGAGCAUCGCCACGCUGCUGCUCAACCGCGGCGCCGACGUCAACUACUCGGCCAAGCACAACAUCACCCCGCUGCACGUGGCGGCCAAGUGGGGUAAGACCAACAUGGUGUCCCUGCUGCUGGAGAAGGGCGCCAACAUCGAGUCGAAGACGCGCGACGGCCUCACGCCGCUGCACUGCGCCGCGCGCUCGGGCCACGAGCAGGUGGUGGACAUGAUGCUGGAGCGCGGCGCGCCCAUCAGCUCCAAGACCAAGAACGGGCUGGCGCCGCUGCACAUGGCGUCGCAGGGCGACCACGUGGACGCCGCUCGCAUCCUGCUGUACCACCGCGCGCCCGUGGACGAGGUGACAGUGGACUACCUGACGGCGCUGCACGUGGCGGCGCACUGCGGGCACGUGCGCGUGGCCAAGCUGCUGCUGGACCGCAAGGCGGACCCCAACGCGCGCGCGCUCAACGGCUUCACGCCGCUGCACAUCGCGUGCAAGAAGAACCGCAUCAAGGUGGUGGAGCUGCUGCUCAAGCACGGCGCCUCCAUCGAGGCCACCACCGAGUCCGGGCUGACGCCGCUGCACGUGGCGAGCUUCAUGGGCUGCAUGAACAUCGUGAUCUACCUGCUGCAACACGACGCGUCGCCCGACGUGCCCACGGUGCGGGGCGAGACGCCGCUGCACCUGGCGGCGCGCGCCAACCAGACGGACAUCAUCCGCAUCCUGCUGCGCAACGGCGCCGAGGUGGACGCGCGCGCCAGGGAGCAACAGACGCCCCUGCACAUCGCGUCGCGCCUGGGCAACGUGGACAUCGUGAUGCUGCUGCUGCAGCACGGCGCGCACGCCGACUCCACCACCAAGGACAUGUACACGGCGCUGCACAUCGCCGCCAAGGAGGGCCAGGAGGAGGUUGCUUCCGUUUUGCUGGAGAGCGGAGCUUCCCUCACGGCCACCACCAAGAAGGGCUUCACGCCGCUGCACCUGGCGGCCAAGUACGGCAACAUGAAGGUGGCGAAGCUGCUGUUGCAGCGAGACGCCCCAGUCGAUGCUCAAGCGAAGAAUGCAGUGACUCCUCUCCAUGUGGCUAGUCACUAUGAUCACCAGAACGUGGCGCUCUUGCUGCUGGACAAGGGCGCAUCACCACAUGCAAUUGCCAAGAAUGGUCAUACACCACUCCACAUCGCUGCGCGAAAGAACCAGAUGGACAUCGCGACGACGCUGUUGGAGUACGGCGCCAAGGCGAACGCCGAGUCCAAAGCCGGCUUCACGCCGCUGCACCUGAGCGCGCAGGAGGGCCACACGGACAUGUCGACGCUGCUGCUGGAGCACCAGGCGGACGCCAACCACCGCGCCAAGAACGGGCUGAGCCCGCUGCACCUGUGCGCGCAGGAGGACCGCGUCAACGUGGCCGGCGUGCUCAUGAAGAACGGCGCCGAGGUGGACGCCACCACCAAGGCCGGCUACACGCCGCUGCACGUGGCGAGCCACUUCGGCCAGAUGAACAUGGUGCGCACGCUGCUGCACAACGGCGCGUCGCCCACCGCCGCCACCGCCAUCGGGUACACGCCGCUGCACCAGGCGGCGCAGCAGGGCCACACGGCCGUCACCGGCGCCCUGCUCGAGAGCGGCGCCGACCCCAACGCCCUCACCAGCCAAGGCCAGACGGCGCUGUCGAUCGCGCAGAAGCUGGGCUACAUCAGCGUGGUGGAGACGCUCAAGGGCGUGACGGACCCCAAGCACGCGCAGACGCUGCCGGCGGACGAGAAGUACCGCGUGGUGGCCCCGGAGACCAUGCAGGAGACCUUCAUGUCCGACAGCGAGGACGAGGGCGGUGACGGACAGUGUUGACCCCGCGCGUUCUGGUAAACCCGCCCCACCGCCCGCCACAUCUAACUUCCAUUCUAUGAGGGCCAGGAUUGCUGCUCACCCGCGAAGACACCAUGCUGAGCGACCAGCCCUACCGCUACCUGACGGUGGACGAGAUGAAGUCCCUAGGCGACGACUCGCUGCCCAUUGACGUCACUCGGGACGAGCGGAUGGACUCCAACAAGGAAGCCACGGCCGCGCCGCUCACCGCCGUGGACGAGACCGCCAGCCCGCAGCACAUCAAGGACACCUACGCGCAGUACGCCGCCAACUACACCCCCGACAACGUGGAGCUGGCGCGCCACCCGGUGCACGUGGGGGCUGAAGUGCCAAUGGAAUUACGCCCGCCGCAGAAGCUUGUUACUUCACGUGCUGCGAACUUUCCCAAUGGUUCAGCAAUCUAUCAUGGCCUUCUUCAGGACUGA